UUUUCAACACGUACACAUGGCCACAUCAUCACUUUCUGAAAACAUCCUUCCACCAGCUUGCCAAGGCCAGCAUUAGACUAUUCCGACCGAGUAGAGGGAAACUUCUCCCCUCCUACCUUCCCACAGAGCAGACGCAGAGCCCAGACUACUGACGACCAUUACAACAUACAUGCAACAAUCACGGGACUCAUUCCAACUGCACAUUCAUAACGGCAAGUUAUAUUAUCUAUGCAUCAAUUUGUGUACGACUGCGACUACUGCAAGGAAGGAUCCAAAUCCAAGCGUGUUGGCCGGCUCCGGGCGGCUGCUUUCCCUUGCCUCGCCGGUUGACCGAGUAGUCCUCCAUUGGACUCGUCAAGCUUUAUAACCCGAGUCGGUUUUGUUUCCUAGCCUCAUUCAUCCACCCAUCUUGCCGACAGCUACAAUGGCGAGCAUCAGAAGUGUCUCCCCUCUCCUCGCUCUGCUCGCCGCCGCGGCCACGGUGCUGGCCGCGCUGUCGCCCGCGUCCGCCCGGAGCUUGCCGGAGGGUCUCCCGGACAUCAAGCCGCUGCUGUCCAACCCAUGGUCGGCGUUCCAGAACCUGUCCGGCUGCCAGUUCGGGGACGAGCGGCAGGGGCUCGCGAGGCUCAAGGACUACCUCAGCCGCUUCGGCUACCUCCCCGCGCCGCCGGCCAAGUUCAACGACAUGUUCGACGCCGACAUGGAGUCCGCCAUCCGGACCUACCAGCAGAACUUCGGCCUGGAGGUCACCGGCCAGCUGGACGCGGCCACGGUCACCAAGAUGAUGUCCCCGCGGUGCGGCGUCGCCGACAUCAUCAACGGCACCUCCGCCAUGGGCAAGACGGUCCACGGCCGGAACCUCUACUCCUACUUCCCGGGGUCCCCCUCGUGGCCGCGCUCCAAGAAGAGCCUCAGGUACGCCAUCACGGCGGCCACCGAGACGACCAUCGACCGGGCCACGCUGAGCAAGGUCUUCGCGAGCGCCUUCGCGCGCUGGUCGGCGGCCACCACGCUCAACUUCACGGAGACGGCGUCGGCGUCCGACGCCGACAUCACCAUCGGGUUCCACUCGGGCGACCACGGCGACGGCGAGGCGUUCGACGGGCCGCUCGGCACGCUGGCGCACGCCUUCUCGCCGACCGACGGGCGGUUCCACCUGGACGCGUCGGAGGCGUGGGUGGCCGGCGGCGACGUGUCGCGCGCGUCGCUGGACGCAGCCGUCGACCUGGAGUCGGUGGCGGUGCACGAGAUCGGCCACCUGCUGGGGCUCGGCCACUCGUCGGUGGAGGGCGCCAUCAUGUACCCGACCAUCACGUCGCGCACGCAGAAGGUGGAGCUGGCCAAGGACGACGUCGACGGCAUCCAGAGCCUGUACGGCGGCAACCCCAACUUCAAGGGCGUCACGCCGCCGGCCACCAGCAGCGAGGAGACACACAGCGCCGCCCCGCGCGCGCUCUCCAGGCCGUGGAGCGGCCUGGCUGGCGUGGCCAUGGCGGCUGCGCUCGCACUAGCCUUGUCGUGCUAGUUCUUGGGUCGAUCCAUUCACGACCAUUUUUUCUUAACCUUUUUUUAACGGGCAUAUAUUCACUUUGCUCUAGGAUUUGUGUUGUAUAAACAUUAGCCACUGGGUGUGCAAGAUAGUGUAGAUACGUGAAUUUUACGUGUAUAGAUCGAAUCAUAUAGUACGAUAGUGGUGCGCCCAUGUGGCCAUGUGAUAUCA